AUGAUGACUGCUGGUAUGAGAGUCUCUGAUGAUGUUGCUAACGAAUACACAAAUUUGAGAAUGAAGAGAUCUCACAGAUAUUUGAUUAUUAGAGUAAAUGACGACAAGGAUGAAGUGAUCCUUGAUUAAGUCGGAGAGAGAGACGCUACUUUUGAAUAAUUCAAGGAAGCCAUGCCAAAGGACUAGCCCAGAUUUGCUGUCUUUGAGUUAGAAUUUACUGGAAACUCAGGUGCUAAUGAAGCCAAGAUAGUAUUUAUUCUAUAUGCUCCAGACAUCUGCGACUCAGGCGCUAAGUUUAUUUAUGCCACAUCAAAGGAUGUUGUUAGAAAGAAGGUUCAGCCAUUCAACAAAGAGAUCUAAGUUAAUGACUGGGCUGAUCUUGAUGAUGAGGCCUUCAUUAAGUACUUCAAGCACUGA